AUGACGGCCAUGGCGAAUGCCUUGCCUCUAGACAACAACUAUCAUCACGGUCCGUUUCAGAGAGGGGUUCAACAAAGAUAUCAUACCGGGCCGCCACCGCCACCACCAAUGGGUCCUCCCAUGCCACAGAUCCCUCAAUAUACGGGACCUUCGCCGAUGAACAUGGCUCCUCAGGGCUUCUAUGUUCACCAGACCCAUCAGAUCUCGCCGUAUUACGGUGGCAGUCAUUUACCUAUCAAUCAGCUCAACACGACGAUGCUGCAGAGACAAAACAUCGCAUACUACCCGAACCCGAUGGCUAUGGGACAUCCUCAUACGCAGUAUUACUACCCUCAGGCAGUUCAGUAUCCUGUUCAAGCCCCGAGCAUGCAACAGGUUAUCGCCCCAAACCAACCUCCUCGCACAGCAAUUGUUCAGCCCGCAGCGACAGAAGCCAUAGCUCAUAGUCAGCCUUUGAAUGGGCUGCAAGUACCAUUUGUACCCCAGAAAUCUACCCAAGAUAUCCUGGCAAAUGACUUAGAUGAACAAAAGAGUUCCAUUCGAGGAUCUUCGCGCAAGCCUCGACAAACUGGUAAUGCCGUUUGGAUCGGAAAUCUUCCACCUCAAACCGAUUUGAUGAGCCUCGUAAACCACGUUUCGAAGGAGACAGAAGGACUUGAGUCUCUAUUUUUGAUUGCUAAAAGCAACUGCGCUUUUGCUAAUUUCAAAGACGAGGCUUCUUGUAUCACCGCGCAACUCAAACUACAUGAAUCUAGAUUUCAAUCAGUUCGACUCGUUAGUAGACUUCGAAAAAACGAAGUCGAUGGCACUACCGGCUUGUCUGCACCAACCGGGCCAGCGUCAAGUACGAUCAACACUCCCAGAACGAUCAGCCAAAUAAGGAGUAAAUCCGCUACAAAAAUUGAUGGUGCAGGCUCAGCCGGUGCCUCUGGUGGUGGAGAGUACCCGACAGUUGUUUCCUCAGGGGGACUGGCAACGAAACAUGAUAGAUUUUUUAUUUUAAAAAGUUUGACGGUUGAAGAUCUUGAACUUAGUGUACGAACGGGGAUUUGGGCAACGCAAUCUCACAACGAAGAAACGCUGACGAAUGCGUUCAAGCAAUGUAAUAAUGUGUAUCUAAUCUUUUCAGCCAAUAAAUCUGGAGAGUAUUUUGGAUAUGCACGAAUGGCUUCCGAGUUUAGCCCUUCUCUAGAUUCGACGAUGAAGAUUAUUGCCGUACCUCGAACGACGACCGAAGUGGAUUUACCGAAAGAAGUUAUCACGGAGGCGACUGAAUAUCUUCCAAAAGGUAUCAUCAUUGAUGAUCCAACGAGGGGAACAGUGUUUUGGGAAAAAUAUCAAGAAGAAUCCGAAAAAGGCGCCGAUGCUGAAAAUAAUGGCCUUGAUGGCAACGAUGUUGUUUCAAACGAAGAGGAGGACGAACGGUCAUGGGGAAAGCCAUUCAGAGUCGAGUGGUUGUCUACAACUCGUCUCCCCUUUCACCGGAUCCGCGGGUUACGAAACCCCUGGAAUUCUAAUCGAGAGGUCAAAAUCGCCAGAGAUGGAACCGAGAUCGAGCCUUCUAUAGGCCAGAGGCUCAUUGGCCUUUUCAAUAAUGCACAAGGCAAUGGGUCAUCGGCAGUUGCAAGACCAUCUGUUGGUGGAAUGCCCAGGUAUCAGCAAAUAGGGCCUUACAACCAGUAG